AUGUCUUGGGAUCGAGUUCUUCCAAAACCCCCCGCUCUAUACUAUGAUCCCAUCGGACGUGAUUUUCCGACGCGGACCAGCACCCCAGUGGACCAUCAAAUUAUGAUAGACAAAUUCUCCAAAAUUGCGGAUGAAGAGAGUUGUCACCAAUCGGUCGGUCUGGAGAGCAGAGCCCUGGGAGCUUCUCUCUUAAGAGCCACAAUCCCAAGUCCCGAAACUUCCGUAUUGGCUGAGGUCCCACCCCUAAUAUCACCAAUUGCCCGAAAGAGACCUUGUUCCUUAAUCACAUCCGAGGCUGCAAGACAGGAGCGAUCCGCAUCUUCAAGCUCCUCAAAAUCCACAUCAUCGAAAGAAUCAUCCAGCCUGCAGUUUUGCCUCUGUCAGCCCGAUCCCAAAAUCCCUCGCCCGAGAAAUGCUUUCAUUCUUUUCCGCCAACAUUUCCAAGCCUCUGUCGUUGCCCAAAAUCCUGGCCUUGCAAACCCCGACAUAUCGAAGAUCAUAGGUGAAAAGUGGAGGACUCUUCCUGUAGAGUCGAAGCAAGAUUGGAAGAAUCUGGCUGAGGAAGAAAAAGCUCGGCAUCAGCAGCAGUACCCGGAUUAUCGAUACCAACCUCGCCGCUACGGCAGAAAUGGUAGCAAUAAUGCCGGGAAUAGCUCAGGGAUUAGCAACAACCCAACCGGUGCUUCUGUAUGCAACAGAUGUGGCGGGCGUGUCAUGAAUCCUCCAUCUACUCCGAACACACCAUUUACCUCGUCCGGCCCAAGUCCGGUAUCUUCCACCUCGUCCUCGAGUCAGCCAAUUCAGUCUGCGCAACGAAAUUUUCAGGAGCGACGGUCUAGGGAUGAUAUUGGGCUCCCAAGCCCUAUCCAAGUAACAAGAAGUAUGGAUCGCCGAGUGGCUGUCCGUAGCCAACUACGUGAAGAGCUUAUACCACUGUCACCUGACUUCAAACGACGUCGUUUCAAUGGGAAUGGUAUAUAUGUUCCCGUGGUGCGUGAUAUGAGUCCCGAGUACCCUUAUUCACCUCGAAGAACAUCCCUUCCACGGCCCGAUAGUUUGUAUCCCAGAGCUCCUUAUUCAUCAGGAGUUACUCCACCUGGUCGACCUUACCGGCAUGGUUCAACUCAGCAACCACCUCUCGACCAUAGUCUGACGUUGCCACCGCUUCAGACAAUGUCUCUUUCGCAGCAAAACCAAACCAAUGUUGAGGCCAAGGUGAUGAACAUAUCGUAUCUCAGCAAGAUCAAGGUUCUCGCACGAAUUUCUCCUCCGGUGAGGUCGUGCGUUUCCAAGGGCAGCUCGAUCAGACGGGGAGCUUUAGUGGCAGUCGAAGGACAAGCGCAAGAAUCUGUCCAGCAGAUGAUCCAGCAUCUGGAAACUACCUUAUUGAAGGAUGGCAAGAACGUUGCCCGAAUUUUUAAAGGGCCAGAAGCAACCACGCAACAAUUCAACAGUGACAAGUCAGGAGAUUCCCGGGAUCCAACAGUCCAAUAUCUCGAAACAAUAUCCGCCUGGCACACAAUAUCCAAGGAAAUUGUGUCUUUUAUCAACGGGACGCCAGAGUCUUCGUCAAUGCCGACUGGGCUGGAUGAGCCAGCCUCUGGCAUAUCCCCUCAAUCCAUCGUCCCAAAAACAGCCCAACUCCGCAUUGGCUCUCCAGAUGGAUUUUCCCCUCCCUCUGCGCCAACACCGGCGCCCACACCCACAUCCGUGUCCGUACCGGCAACCGCGAUGCCUGCAGAAUCGGAAUCACCGUUCCACAUUGCCCUUGUACCCGGCUACCAGCUAACGACGGCUGAUCUUCACGCAUGUUCCACGCCCAUCAACGACUUUUACACUCCCACCGACCAUUGGCAAUGGAUGGCCUCGCUUUGGCGCGGGUGCGCUGGUCCUGAUGUCACCGUAUUAAUACGAGACUGCGAUAAAGAAGAGCUAGACAAAAUCGGCAGCAACUCGGUUGAAAAUUUUGAGGAAGCUCGAACUCUAGUUGUGCGGCGGUUAGCUAAUUCGGCGCAGGGGGUUGAAGGGAGGGUGUUGAGGGAGGUGGGAUUUGAGGUUGAGAAAUUUUUGAGGAAGUAA